CUGGCGGGUUUACUGCCCAUGUUUGUGUUGUGAACGUCGCCUUCCCGUUGCGACGCUGCGUUUGCGCCGCUGUUAGCUCCCCAGAGCGCGGCCGAAGCCAGGAUCGUCUGUCCUCGGGACUCGUUGAGGGGUCGGGGGGAGUGGCCGGUGUAGUCUGCUUUCUUUCGGCGUCACCCCUGCAGCAGGGCCCAGAGAAAGGAGUUCCUGGUGAGGUAGAGCAGCUGGGCCCAGUUCCCGGCCCGGAGGGUGCUCCGCGGCCCCGGAGGAAGCCGCAUGCUAACGCCUGGGAUGCUGGAGACCAAGGACUGGGUGCAGCUCCGGCAGCUCAACCUGGUGCUCCUGAGGCAGCUGUGGGUCGGGCAAGAUGCUGUGCGGCGGUCGGUGGCCAAGGCAGCCUCCGGGUCAACACGGGACUCCAGCAGCAGCUGCGACUCCCAGACGCCAUCAUCCCAGGAGUCCUCCUCGAUGGCCCUGAGAGCCUCCAGACUUGAGGAUACCCACCAGGGUGACCCCCGUGAUAUGUCCUGGCCUGGCGGGGCCAGCUCUGGUGGGACGUCUCUCCCACCUGCCACGUACCGACCCCGGCCCUGCUCGGCACCCUUACUGGCCGUCUCAGAUCCAGAUGACUCAGAGCUUUCAGGAGAGCUGGACAGUCCAGGGCCUCAGGAGACCCAGGCCCAGAGGUCCAUCCUGGAUCAACAAAGCAGGGUGUCCAAGCCAAGAGUGACCUUCAGUGAGGAGUUUCCGAUGCCUGAUGGGAGCUGGCGCUUCAGGCCAUACUUGGGCUACGAUUGGAUUGCAGGGUCUCUGGACAACGCCUCGCCCGUCACCAGCAAGCCCGAGGCCUUCUUCUCGAAGCUGCAGGAUUUCCGGGAAGCCAACAAGGAGGAGUGUGUUCACAGUGACCCCGAACCCCAGUUCCUAGGCGUCCCGGAGAGCAGCAGGGAGGAGCGAGACCACGAAUGCGUGUACUGUUACCGUGUCAACCGGCGCCUGUUCCUGGUGCCUUCGGACCCUGGCACCCCCUGCCGCCUGUGCAGGACCCCUCGGGACCAGCGGGGCCCCGAGACCCUGGCAGAGCCCGCGCAGGUCAGGGUGAGCGUCCCCAUGUCUGUCCUGGACCCGCCGCACCGGCACCGCAUCCACCGGCGGAAGAGCUUCGAUGCCUCGGACACGCUGGCCCUGCCCCGGCACUGCCUGAUGGGCUGGGACAUUCUCCCUCCGAAGCCUGAGAAAAGCUCAGCCCCCAAGAGCCUGGACCUCUGGUCUUAUGUCGCCUCCGAGCCCCAGUACCGGAAGCUGUCAGCCGCCAGCCCUUCCCACCCAGUAUGGUCCAGGGCCCAGCCAACACGAGUCCCAUCCUCCACCCCAUUCUGGUCGGAACUCCAGCCCCGCGCCCCCCGGCUGAAGCCCUGAAGACUGGCCAGCUGGAGGAGCACAGAGCCCCCGUCAUGCCCUCUAACCCCUCUCCGGCAGGGCACUGGCUUCAGCUGGAGGUGAACGCAGGCCCCACCCUCCGGGGCUGGGCAGGUGGGACGGGCCUGGGCCUUUCUCCUUCCUGGAGACAGAGGUGGGGACUCCAGGGUUGGGGAGCAUGUUUGUAAAUAAAGCUCAGUGUUCUCUGCA